AUGAUCUUUUAUUUUAUUUUAAUCGCACUAGGAAUUUACUGUUAUUACUAUCUUGUAAAGCCAUUUAAGAUAUUUAAUAAGUAUAAAAAAUAAGGUGAAGGGUUUUUCUUUCCUCUGAUUGGUGAGUUUUUACUCUAAAAUAGCUGUUUUGAAAAGUUUGGGGAUGUAGAUUACAUUUAUAAGCACAUUAAUGAUAAUCCUGCAAAUUAAAAAAAGAUGUUUGUUGAAAAUAUAGGAAAAAAUAUCAAAAUAAAGCUGACAUCCAUUGAUAUGAUGAAGGAUUUUUAUUCCUACUUAGGAGAUAAAUUAACUAUCGAUACCUUUUACACUUAGAAUUUUAAAAGAAUAUUUGGAAAUGGAUUAAUUUUUUCUUAAGGAGAGAGAUGGAAAAAUAUGAGAAAAAUGUUUUCUCCUGCAUUCCAUUUUGAGUAUUUAAAGAAUUUAAGCUCUUCAAUAGAGAAGAUUGUAGACAAUGCCUUAUUGGAGCAUAUAAAUUAAGAUGAGCUUCAGAAUGUCAAUAUAAUUAACUUAAUAUUUGAUAUGACUUCUUAGGUAGUUUUCUUUUCAUUUUUAGGAGAUAAUUUGUAAGAUAUUAAAUUUAAAGGAAAAUCCCUCGCUUAAGCUAUUACACAUAUUUUAAGUGCUCUUUCAAAUUAAGUUAUGGAGUUAGGAUAUUUGGUGUUUGGAGCUAAAUAUUUGAAAUUAGGAAUUUUUAAAUAGCAUAGAGAGUUAGAGAACUAUUUAUAGGAAUUCAAAAGUUUUUUCUUAGAUAUUAUUAAAUCUAAGAAAGAAGAGUUGUAAAAAGAAUUUCAAGAGACUGGCGAUAUCUAGUAGAAUUGUGUUCUAAGUAUUUUAAUUAAGGAAAAUAAUAUUUAGAAUUUGUCUGAUUCGGAUCUCUUAGAUAAUUUGAUGACAUUCUUCAUAGGCGGAACUGAUACCACAAGUCAUUUAAUUGCAAUGGCAAUUUAUUACGUAUGUUAGAAUGAACAUUUUUAUUCAAUGACUCAAAAGGAAGUUGAUUACUAUAAGUAAGAUAAAUCUAAGUCUAUGUAAGAUUUACCCUUUAUGAAUGCAGUUAUUAAAGAAACCUUAAGGAUUUAUGGGCCUGGAAACAAAUCAUUUGAUCAAAAGGUUACAGAAGAUAUCAUGAUCAACAAUAUUAAAAUUGAGAAAGAUAUAGUUCUUACUUCAUACGUUAACAGUGUACAUAGAGAUCCUUAAAUCUACAAAGAUCCUCAUACAUUUAGACCUUAAAGAUGGAUUAAUCAAGAAACUAAUGACUUGCCUUCAUAUGCGUUUAUACCAUUUAGUUCAGGAAAAAAAAACUGUAUUGGUCAGCAUCUUGCAAUGAUAGAAGCUCGAAUUAUUCUAUUUAAAUUUUUUGACUAUUUUGAUAUUGAACCACAAAAAGAUUAUGUAUUAAAAAUUAAAUAUGGUUUACUUCCCUAACCUGUCAAUCCCUUACUUUUCAACCUAAAGACAAGAUAAAAUAACAUUGACUGA